CGAAACCUGCUGAUGCUCAUGUUAUGGCGUUGAUUUAGUCCUCUCUUCUGCCUCGUCCUCAUAAGCAACCUUAUCGUCUCACCCUCGGGAUAUCCCAUCCCUGCAGCCAUGGACAGAGAACAGGAAGAGAUGCAAUUUCUGGGCCUCUUCGGCGUCUUCACAGAAUCCUUCAAGAUCAUAUCAUCAUGGCGAAAGAUCUUCUCCCAGAUCACCCUCACUCUCAUCCUCCCCCUCUCCUUCAUCUACCUCCUCCACAUAGAAGUCACCAACCUCCUUCUACACAAAAUCUUCAAUAACGCCGAAGAAAUGAGCUUCACUCCACUGGGCUCACCCCGCUACGAGAAGCUCUCCGAUCUCAUCUCCUCCGAAUGGGCCACUUUCUGGCUCUUCAAGAUCUUCUACUUCACCGUCCUCCUUAUCUUCUCUCUCCUCUCCACCUCCGCCGUCGUCUACACCGUCGCCUCCAUCUACACCGCCAGAGACGUUACUUUCCGAAAAGUCAUGAGCGUCGUCCCCAAGGUGUGGAAACGACUCAUGGUUACUUUCCUGUGCGUCUCCGCUGCCUUUAUUGCUUAUCACAUAAUCCUAUUCUUAGUUGUAUUCACAUGGGCAGUCACCAUCGGAUCCACAAAAGCAGGAAUCGCCGUCCUUGUGAUCCUGAUCAUAUUGUUUUUCGCUGGGUUCGUGUAUUUGACUAUAAUUUGGCAAGUAGCCAGCGUUUUGUCAGUGUUGGAGGAGUCGUACGGGGUUCAAGCCAUGAAGAAGAGCAAGGAAUUGAUAAAGGGGAAGAUGGGAUUGGCCAUAGUGAUAUUCUUGAUGCUCAAUGUUACGUUUAUCCUAAUUCAGGUGUUGUUCAAGGCGGUGGUGGUGACCGGGUGGAAGUUGGGCUCCGUUGACAGAAUAGCUUAUGCGAUGCUGUGUUUCCUGUUGUUGUCGGUGUUUUUCCUGUUUGGGCUGGUCAUCCAAACGGUGCUCUACUUUGUGUGCAAGUCAUAUCACCACGAGAAUAUUGACAAGUCGGCUUUAUCGGAUCACCUGGAAGCCUUUUUAGGGGAGUAUGUGCCCCUGAAGGCCAGAGAUGUUCAGCUGGAGCAAUACCAUGUUUGACCCUUACUUAUUAUAUAUAUGUAUGCGCGUAAUUUACCAUUUUGCGCACUUAAAACCCAGCUGUUGGUGUGUAUGUCCUGGCUAUAUGAUACAUACGGCUUCAAAUGGGUUGAUUACAAGAACAAUUUUGGACCCCAUAUUUUCUUGGAACACGUUUUCAGAAUUAUCCAUUCAUUUUCUCCGCAGAUAUAUUGUUGCUCGCAAUUAUUAUCAAUGUAAAAUAUAUAUAUAUAUAUAUAAAAUUUACAGUGGCAAUUCAUUAGUUAUGAA